AACACACAGAUAUAAAACCAAACUGCUCCUCCCUUCAUCUCUCUCUCACAUAAUCGCAGUUAAGAGACUCAUCUCUCUUCUAAUCCAUCUCUCUAAGACACAAAGUUCGCAACUCUCUUUGGUCUAUUCCGACAAAUCACCACCAUGUCAAACCAACCUGAAUCAUCUUCCGACUCGAAGUCAUCGAAGAAGGAUUUCAGUACAGCUAUCCUUGAGAGGAAGAAGUCUCCUAACCGACUCGUUGUCGACGAAGCCAUCAACGAUGACAACUCCGUCGUCUCUCUCCAUCCCGCCACCAUGGAAAAGCUCCAGCUUUUCCGCGGCGAUACAAUUCUCAUCAAGGGAAAGAAAAGGAAGGACACUGUUUGCAUUGCUCUUGCCGAUGAAUCAUGCGAGGAACCUAAGAUUAGAAUGAACAAGGUCGUAAGGUCCAACUUGAGGGUUAGACUGGGUGAUGUCAUCUCUGUUCACCAUUGCCCUGACGUCAAGUACGGACAGCGUGUUCACAUCUUGCCUCUUGAUGAUACCAUCGAAGGUGUUACUGGAAACCUCUUCGAUGCUUACCUCAAAUCUUACUUCCUUGAAGCAUACCGCCCAGUGAGGAAGGGCGAUCUCUUCCUAGUGAGAGGAGGAAUGAGGAGCGUGGAGUUCAAAGUCAUCGAAACCGAUCCAGCUGAGUACUGUGUGGUGGCUCCAGACACUGAGAUUUUCUGCGAGGGAGAACCAAUCAAGAGGGAGGACGAAGAAAGGCUAGACGAAGUCGGUUACGAUGAUGUUGGUGGCGUCAGGAAACAGAUGGCUCAGAUCAGAGAGCUCGUUGAGCUUCCUCUGAGGCAUCCUCAGCUCUUCAAGUCGAUCGGCGUGAAGCCGCCGAAAGGUAUCCUCCUCUACGGACCACCCGGAUCAGGGAAGACUCUCAUCGCUCGCGCCGUGGCUAACGAGACCGGAGCGUUCUUCUUUUGUAUUAACGGGCCUGAGAUCAUGUCGAAGAUGGCAGGUGAGAGCGAGAGCAACUUAAGAAAGGCUUUCGAGGAGGCGGAGAAGAAUGCUCCUUCCAUUAUAUUUAUCGAUGAGAUUGAUUCCAUUGCGCCUAAGAGAGAUAAGACUAACGGUGAGGUUGAGAGGAGGAUCGUCUCUCAGCUGCUGACGCUCAUGGAUGGACUGAAGUCACGUGCGCAUGUGAUUGUCAUGGGAGCGACGAACCGUCCCAACAGUAUUGACCCGGCUUUGAGGAGGUUUGGGAGGUUCGACAGGGAGAUUGACAUUGGUGUUCCUGAUGAGAUUGGACGUCUUGAAGUGCUUAGGAUCCACACCAAGAACAUGAAGCUUGCUGAAGAUGUUGAUCUAGAGAGAAUCUCCAAGGACACACAUGGAUAUGUUGGUGCUGAUCUUGCAGCUCUGUGCACUGAAGCUGCUCUUCAGUGUAUCAGAGAGAAGAUGGAUGUGAUCGACUUGGAAGAUGAGUCUAUCGACGCUGAGAUCCUCAACUCCAUGGCGGUGUCUAACGAACACUUCCACACCGCUCUUGGAAACAGCAACCCAUCUGCACUCCGUGAAACCGUUGUGGAGGUUCCAAAUGUCUCCUGGGAGGAUAUUGGAGGUCUUGAGAAUGUUAAAAGAGAGCUGCAGGAGACUGUUCAGUACCCCGUGGAGCAUCCAGAGAAGUUCGAAAAGUUUGGGAUGUCUCCAUCGAAGGGAGUUCUAUUCUACGGUCCUCCCGGAUGUGGGAAAACACUCUUAGCCAAAGCUAUAGCAAACGAGUGCCAAGCGAACUUCAUCAGCGUAAAGGGACCCGAGCUUCUCACCAUGUGGUUUGGAGAGAGCGAGGCCAACGUCCGUGAGAUCUUCGACAAGGCUCGCCAAUCUGCUCCUUGCGUUCUCUUCUUCGACGAGCUAGACUCCAUUGCUACUCAGAGAGGGAGCAGCGUGGGCGAUGCGGGAGGUGCAGCCGAUAGAGUUUUGAACCAGCUUCUGACGGAGAUGGAUGGGAUGAAUGCCAAGAAGACUGUGUUCAUCAUCGGUGCAACUAACAGGCCUGAUAUUAUAGAUCCAGCUCUUCUUCGACCUGGAAGACUCGACCAGCUCAUCUACAUUCCUUUACCUGAUGAGGAUUCUCGUCUCAACAUCUUCAAGGCGUGCUUGAGGAAGUCUCCUGUUGCUAAAGAUGUUGACGUGACUGCACUCGCCAAGUACACUCAGGGGUUCAGCGGUGCUGAUAUCACUGAGAUUUGCCAGAGAGCUUGCAAGUACGCCAUUAGAGAAAACAUCGAAAAGGAUAUAGAGAGGGAACGUAGAAGGAGCGCAAAUCCAGAGGCAAUGGAGGAAGAUAUGGUGGAUGAUGAGGUUGCAGAGAUAAGAGCUGCUCAUUUCGAAGAGUCGAUGAAGUAUGCAAGGAGGAGUGUGAGUGAUGCUGAUAUUCGCAAGUACCAGGCUUUUGCUCAGACGCUGCAGCAAUCAAGAGGGAUUGGAACUGAGUUUAGGUUUGACCCAACUGCGACUGGACGCACUACUGGUGGUGGUGCGACUGCUGAUCCCUUUGCCACUUCUGCAGCAGCUGCCGAUGAUGAUGAUCUCUAUAGUUAGAUUAUGUCCUUCUCAAAAGUAGUUGUUCUUUUCUUUUUCUUUUUUUAAGCUAUGUUUAAUUUAGUGAACCUUCUAAAUGAAUGAUGUCGAGAGUUAUAUACGGAAAACUCAUUGUGGUUUGUUAUGUUAUCAUCAUUCGAAAUAAACUUGAGCUCUGAUUA